CGAUGAGCUUAAUAUUUAUAUACUAUAUUAUAUGUGAUCAGUGAAAUCAUUGAAUAUGUCUCAAUUAUUACUGUGCAGAGUGUGCCUAGCCAGUAACGUGACUGUUUACAACAUACUGAACUCCUGUCUUCAAGAAAUGUAUGAGAAAUUGACGAGAUUACCGCUUCACGCAGACGACGGCAAGCCGAGCACAGUGUGCUGCAUCUGCCUGGCGCUGCUGCAGAAGAGCUACCAGCUCUGGGUGCAGUCCGUCACCUCCGACCGGCUGCUCAGCAGGCUGCUGGCUACUAACAACGAGCUCACACAAGACCUGAUUGCACACAUAGACAGACGAGGGCACAAGCUAACAACAAAUUUUACUUUUCGAACGGAGCAUUUCGAUAUAAAACCCAGCGGAGGUUCAGUAGAAGUUGAAGUUAAACCAUUGAAGGAAGAACCUGAAGGUGUGUUAUCAGACCAUGAGGAUCACGAGGACACUGAGGACUAUGUGUCCGUCAAAGAGGCCCCAUCGGACUCAGAAGAUGACCUUCCGUUGGUCGCCAUCAGCCAGAAGAAGGGAAAGAAGACUGUUGCUAAUAAAGACAAGGAAUUCUUAAAAGGCUUCAAAUCCGGCUACGCGCGCGAACUGAUCCUGAGCACCGAGCAGCAGCUGGCAGAGCUACGCGCACGUGGCACCUCCGUCAACUAUCUCAACGCGCCGUUCAAGUGCGCGCCCUGCCGGCGGGGGUACGUCGAGCCGGCGGCCUACAACAACCAUCGGAUAAAACACGACCCGAAAAGCGGAUCCCACGUGUGCGAGAUCUGCACGAUGCGCUACAAAACUGCACGCAAACUGCGCGCACACGUCGUGACUGCACACGAACGGCGCUACCAAUGCAAUACGUGUUCACACCGCUCACACACCGCGUCCCAAGCGCGCGAGCACGAGAAAUGGCACCGCGGACACCUCUACGUAUGCAAGCUGUGCGGGCACGCGUCGCGCGCGUCCACGUCGCACCUGACGCACCUGCGCGCGCGCCACCGCACGCAGCACGUGUGCGCGCUGUGCGGGGACAGCUUCGUCGGCGCGCACGGCCUGCGCAUGCACGAGGGGAAGGCGCAUGCCGAACAUGUGGCAUUUUAUGGGCCUUUAUGGGCAUUUUAUCGGCCUUUGUGGGAAUUUUAUGGCCUUUAUGGGCAUUUUAUUGGCCUUUAUGGGCAUUUUAUGGGCCUUUAUGGGCACCUGUACGUAUGCAAGCUGUGCGGGCACGUGUCGCGCGCGUCCACGUCGCACCUGACGCAUCUGCGCGCGCGCCACCGCACGCAGCACGUGUGCGCGCUGUGCGGGGACAGCUUCGUCGGCGCGCACGGCCUGCGCAUGCACGAGGGGAAGGCGCAUGCCGACCAUAUGCCCCUGCCCGACGACUCGCCGGCGUCGGAGCGCUACUGCGCCGAAUGCGACAUCCAGUUUGCGACAUUACUCGCUUGGAAGCGGCACAUACUCAGCGCCGCCAACCACGCCUUCAAACAAGACAAGGGUGUGUGCGUGAUAUGCGGGCCGGCCUGUCCGGGGGACGGGACGCAUCUGAAGGAGAGCGUGAAGGCACUCCGCCCUGCCAAUAAAACGCUUACUUUGCGGGUCACUACGCUGACUUGUGAACAGUGUGGAUCCUCGUUCGCCAACGGUUCGAAGUUGCAAGCUCACGUGAAGAGGGUGCAUCUGGGCGUGAAAUACAACAAACACGUCGUAUGUGAAGUGUGUGGCAAGAGUUGUACGUCCAACGCCUCACUAAAAUACCACCAGCGCACUCACACCGGAGAAAAACCCUAUCCCUGCCAAUCUUGCCCGAAGAGGUUCGCGGACAGCAACCAACUUCGAAUCCAUACGCGUCGGCACACUGGCGAGCGUCCCUACUGCUGCCGACACUGCCCGAGGACGUUUACACAAAAACCUGCGCUUAACAGGCACUACAGGGUCCACACCGGGGCCAAGCCGUAUUCCUGCCAGUACUGCGCCAAGAGCUUCAGCCAGUCCAACUCGUUGAAGCUGCACGUGCGCACCGUGCACCUCAAGAUGCCCGCCAAGAAGAGAGAUGACAAGACAGACGGACUCGCGCCAGUACUGCGCCAAGAGCUUCAGCCAGUCCAACUCCCUGAAGCUGCACAUGCGCACCGUGCACCUCAAGAUGCCCGCCAAGAAGAGAGAUGA